AUGAUAAUCUGGUCCUUUCCUCAGGGCGAUGCAGUGGCCGAGGAGUUGGUCGAGGAGGUGGCCGCCGCCGAGGUGGUAGUCGAGGGGGCAGCCACUGCCGAGGUGGCGGAAAUGCUGGAUGCCGAGGUAGCAGUCGCAGAGGUGCCAACCACUGAGGAGGCCACCGCGGACAUGCCAGACGACGAGGUCCUUGCCUUGGAACCGACGCGGGCCACCCUGGUGGAAGUCCUUUCGGCCGCCUCUGCCGUGCCUACCUUGGCCGUUAUCGCGUUCGUCGAGCCGUUGCCGUCCGCUCCUCGUCGUCCAAGCGGCAUUGUGAUCCGCUCGCCUUCCCGGUCGUCGCUGCCGCUACCCACGGUCGCUGUGAGCAUGCCCCCGGCGCCGUGGUCCCAGGACUCGAUGGUAGUGACUGAGCUUAUAGUGGUUGAGACUAUAGCUACUGACGCGCCGAGCCCGCCGCCUAUCUCUUCGACAGUCCUGACCGAGCUCGUGGUUGCAGAAGUUCUUGGCGCGCCGUCGGCCGCUGAAGGGACCACCUGCUCCGAUGAUCUCGAGGAGUUAUAUGCCAGCCUCCAUGAAGAAGGAGGCAGCUCGGCCUCGGCUCCCUUGGACGAGGAUUCCAGGGCCGUCAUUGAAAGGCUCCGAGAGCUCCUAUUCUUUGGGGUUCACCAAAUGACCACCGCUAAGGCAUUCAUGGAGUUCAAGUCCUGUCUGGAUACGGCCAUGACGUUGGGUCUGCUGGACUCGGCUCAGCUAGAUGAGCUAUAG